AUGAAUUUCAGUGAUUCAGAAAUAGUUCAUUCAAUUCUAAAAAGUGCGGGGUUCAAAAAAGUCAAUGACCUCAGCGAGGCGGAUACUGCACUUCUUCUUACUUGUGCUAUUCGUGAAGGUGCCGAAGAAAAGAUAUGGCGUCGCAUGAGACAUUUUCGUUCUUCUUUAAGAAGCAAACAUCGUUCACCUCUGUGCAUAGGCAUUCUCGGUUGCAUGGCCGAACGUCUGAAAGAAAAUCUACUUGAGGGAUACGAAGUUACUGCAGAUUUUGUAUGUGGUCCAGAUGCCUAUCGUGACCUUCCAAAGUUAAUUGAGGACAUUCAAGCGAAAGGGUUGAAGGGGGCGUCUCUUGCUCUUUCUCUAGAGGAGACCUAUGCCGAUGUCAAACCCGUUCGUCAAUUCGGCCCAUCGGCCUUCAUUUCAGUGAUGCGAGGCUGUGACAAUAUGUGUUCUUACUGCAUUGUUCCUUUUGUUCGUGGAAGAGAGCGUAGUCGGCCCUUGAAAUCUAUCAUUGAAGAACUAUACCAACUCUCCUUCGAGGGUGUUAAAGAAGUUAUUCUUUUGGGUCAAAAUGUAAACAGUUAUCGUGAUCUCUCGGAGGGCAUCGAUUCCACUGGCUGCACUACCGAUACGCUUGCUCCUGGCUUCAAGACUGUGUAUAAGCAAAAAGUCGGUGGAUACCGGUUCAUCAGUCUGUUGGACGCAGCAAGCUCUGUUGAUUCCAAUAUGCGCAUACGUUUCACAUCCCCCCAUCCCAAAGAUUUUAAUCUCGAAGUGCUUCAGCUGAUUGCUGAGCGCCCUAACGUGUGUUCACAACUGCAUUUACCGGCGCAAUCGGGCAGUUCCCCGGUCCUUGAACGCAUGCAACGUGGAUACACCAGAGAAGCUUAUCUGGAACUGGUCAAUCGUGCGAAAUCGAUCAUUCCAAGCACGUUGUUACCUUAUUCAGACCCGAUUCCUUUAGACGUUGCAAUCUCCUCGGACUUUAUCGCUGGUUUCUGCGGCGAAACAGAGGACGAUCACAAUCAAACACUUUCUCUCAUAGAUCGCGUUUCGUACGCAUACGGCUUUUGCUUUCCUUUUAGUCUCAGAGGUAAAACGCGUGCUUUCUACCGAUUGGAGGAUGACGUGCCGGCGGAAAUCAAAGCACGCAGACAUAACGAGUUGAAAUCAGCUCUCCGGUCGGCAGCUCUUCGAUUCAAUAACUCCCUCAUUGGUUCCACAGAACUUGUGCUUGUCGAAUCGAUUAGCAAAAGAUCGAAUGCUGAAUUGGCCGGACGCGUGGAUGGAGGAGUUAAAGUCAUUUUCCCAAAACACCUUCCAGAUUCAUCUGAAAUCCACAUAGGUGACUACAUUGAUUCCUGCACUUCCCAAACUCUCCGAGGUACUCCACUCAGAAAAACGAAUAUAGUGGACUUUUACAAAGAUCACUGUGCUCGGCGCCACGACGCUCGUGGAUCGUAG